AUCAAACAAGGCUACCAGAUCUAGUCUGUAGCUUUCUGGCUAUUGUUUUGCUUUCUGAUACCUGGUGAUGGAAAACCAAAGCAGAAUCAGUGACUUGCUCGUGCAUGCCCUUGACAACCUUCCUCAGGAAGACUUCAAAAGAUUUAAAGACAAACUAUCGCAUUCUGGCUUUAAGGGAAAAGGUACCAUCCCCCGAGGUCGGCUGGAGAAUGCUGACAGGAUAGAUACUAAGAACAUCCUGAUGGCAUUCUAUGGUGGAGAUGCUGCAGUUGAUGUAACCAUAGAAAUUUUAGCUCAGAUCAAUGUCAGAGAGUCUGCUGCUAACCUCAGAAAAGACAGAGAGAAAGUUUUUUCAAAGGAAAAGGAGAAAAAAGCAAAAGUUGAAGAAACAAGAGGGAACGACAAACAAUGUGGUCUGGGACCAUGUGCAGAGAUACAUCAUACCAAGGAGCAGGGAGAUGAUCAUGCCUCUCUGAAAGGCUCUGUUUUUUCAAAGGAAAAGGAGAAAAAAGCAAAAGUUAAAGAAACAAGAGGGAACGACAAACAGUGUGGUCUGGGACCAUGUGCAGAGAUACAUCAUACCAAGGAGCAGGGAGAUGAUCAUGGCUCUCUGAAAGGCUCUGAUUACCGGAAGAAGUAUAGAGAACAUGUACAAGGAGAAUACCAAAUGAUAGAAGACAGGAAUUCUCGCCUGGGUGAAUGUGUGAGUCUAGACAAAAGAUAUACAAAACUGCUUAUUGUAAAGGAACAUCAGGGAUGGGAGGAGAAAGAACAUGAAAUAAUCACCAAAGGAAGGAGGAACGCAGAGUCGAUGGCUCAACAAACCAAUCUCACUAAGAUUAGUGCUUUAUUUGAUUCUGGUAGAAAUCAACAAAGCCCAAGAACUGUUGUGCUGCAGGGAGCAGCUGGAAUUGGGAAAACAACGACAUCAAGAAAGAUUAUGUUGGACUGGGCAGCUGGAAAACUCUAUCAGAAAAAGUUUGAUUAUGUUUUCUAUAUAAAUUGCAGAAAAAUAAAUCUUGUUACUGCACAGAAAAGUGUUGCUGAUUUGGCUUUAGACAAUUGUCCUAAUGGAAAAGGACCAAUUAAAGAAAUCUUUGAGAAGCCAGAAAAACUCCUGUUCAUAAUAGAUGGUUUUGAUGAAUUGAACUCCUUGCUAGAUAUUGAUGAAGUUAGUCUGUGCAGAGACUCAUUUGAGAAGAAGCCAAUGGAAACCAUCCUGUGCAGUUUACUGAGAAAGAAAGUUCUUCAAAAAUCCUUCUUACUGAUCACUACAAGACCAACUGCUCUGGAGAAACUAAAGCAGAAUUUGAAAUUUCCAUGUUAUGCAGAGAUAAUGGGAUUUUCUGGAGAAGAGAGGAAAGAAUAUUUCUAUAAAUUCUUUCGUGAUGAAAAGAAAGCAACACAAGCCUUUAAUUUUGUCAAAGAAAAUGAAAUGCUCUUCACCAUGUGCUUUGUCCCCAUUGUGUGUUGGAUCAUCUGCACAGCUAUGAAGGAACAGAUGAAAAGAGGGAAAGAUCCUUCAGAAACUUCAAAAACAACCACCUCAGUAUAUUUGCUCUUUCUUUCCACUCUGCUAACUGAUCAUUUCACUGACUCAAUACAUAUGAAACGAUCUAAAACUACCCUGUGGAAGCUUUGCUCAUUGGCUGCAGAUGGAAUUUUAGAACGGAAAAUACUGUUUGAAGAAGGUGAUCUGAAGAAGCACAAUUUAUCCUUGUCUAACAUUCAGUCUCUCUUUCUGGGUAAAAGUAUUUUUCAAAAAGAUACAGAAUGUGAGAGUGUCUACAGCUUCAUUCACUUGAGUUUCCAAGAGUUUUUUGCAGCUCUGUUCUAUGUGCUAGAGAAAGAUGAAGAGACAAAGAAAAAAUCAUUGACUUCUAAGAAAGAUGUGAACCACUUGCUAAAAACGUAUGGAACAUCUAAAAAUAAUUAUUUGAUGUUAACAGUACGUUUCUUGUUUGGUCUCUUAAAUAAAGAGAGACUAAAUGAUAUGGAGAAAAAGUUACAUUGUAAAACAUCAUCUGCAGUAAAGCUGGAUUUAUUGAAGUGGUUUGAAGCAGAAGCUAAAAGCAUCUCCUCUCUGCCCUAUAAGACCUAUGGGGAAUGGUAUGACCAGCUUGAGUUGUUUCACUGUUUGUAUGAGUAUCAGGAAGAAGAGUUUGCAAAACGUGCCAUGGCUAAUUUCCAAGAAAUUAGAUUGGAACACAUCAGGCUUACAACAAUGGAUGAAAUUGCUCUUUCAUUCUGUGUAAAGAACUGUUGUAGUAAGCAGUCACUUUACCUAUUUAAAUGUAUGCUUGGGAUUGGAGAACGAGAAGAAGGAUGGAUAGCAAAGCUACGGAAAUUGUUAUUUCCUCUGAACCCAGGGAUUAAAGAUCUGAGAACUUCAACUGCAUACCCAUUGUGUCAAGGACUGAAGGAUCCAAACUGUAAACUAAAAACAAUAGUGAACCCAGGGAUUAAAGAUCUGAGAACUUCAACUGCAUACCCAUUGUGUCAAGGACUGAAGGAUCCAAACUGUAAAUUAAAAACAAUAGUGUUGCGGCAGUGCAGUCUCACAGCUGCUUGCUGUGGGGAUCUCUCUGCUGCCCUCAGUAUAAACCAGUCCCUGACCGAGCUGGAGCUGAGUGGGAAUGAACUGGGAGAUUUAGGAAUUAAACUUCUGUGUGACGGACUCAAACAUCCCAGCUGUAAACUGCAGAAAUUAGUGGUUUGGGAUUGCCAGCUCACUGAUGCUUGCUGUGAAGAUCUCUCCUCUCUGCUCAGCACAAACCAGUCCCUGAGAGAGUUGAACCUGAGAGGUAAUAACCUGAGUUAUUCAGGAGUGAAGCUUCUGUGUGAAGGACUGAAACAUCCAAACUGCAAGUUAGAGAAGCUCGAUUUGUCAGAAAUCAACAUAGAUGAAAAAACAACCAAAGAAUUGGAAGUUUUGCUGCAGAUAAAACCUGGUUUGUCAAUUGUGCAUAAUGCAGCAUCCAGCCAUCAGAACCCAGAUACAAAGACAAGGAGGUGUCAUACAUUCAUCUGCAGACUAACAUCUCGGAGUGCAGAACUAAUGUGGAAUAUUUUUGUGAUGCACUGUCGGGAGGUUGGACUCGUUCUGCUGUUAAGCAUUGCUACAUAUUGGCUUCUCUGGCUGAUGUAUAUUUAAGUAUCUGAAAUGGAAGGUUGUAUAGAGAAUUUACAAAUCUUGAGACAGUUUUUGACUUCCUUUAAGGAAUCACAGUAGCACAAGAGAUUUGAAGGGGGAAUUGCUUUCCCUUUAAAGCUGGCGUGUCAAAUACCUGGCCCAUGUGAUGUAUUUUUGUUGCUGUAUCACAUACUCAGAUUCUGCAGAGUAGAAGCUUUUCUUUAUUGACUUUUUAAAAGUAACUUUUUUGGCCUUAUAGUUGUGAAGAAAAUUUCCUGUAUGUGAAAUGAGUGUCACUGAAGCAGCAUUGUCUGGCUGAGUCUGCAGAUGGCCUGAGGACCCUGGGAAGUGUGAAUGCUAAUGCAAACCCUGCCCCUCCGUAAUCUCCCUAGGGUGCUAUUUCUAAAGCCCCAAUUCAAUGUCAACAUGAACUAUUUCAUUGCUGAUCAGUUUAGGGGAUGGAAUGGGGAAGAGGGUCGGAAGCAGGUCCAUACGGGUGGGAAGAUGGGAGUUAACAGGGAAGGAAAACCAGAAGAGAGACACAGACAGUGAAGAAGGGAGAUAAACAAAGGGAAAAAAUAAGAACUAGUCCUAAAGGAGAGGAGAUUUACCCAGUGACUGAUACUGAAUGGGACAGGAAAACACCGAUCAAAUAAUAAACAACAGAACUUUUCAGUGGUUGAUAUCAUUGCUACGUAAAGGCCACGUUCUACCCUGGAGCUCUGAGCCAACCUCCCAUUGCCAUCAGUGGGAGCUCCGCUGUGGACCGAGGGGAGUGUGGAGUCUGACAUUUAUUUCCUGACCCAAGGACCAUAAUUUAACAAGGAAAUUCAGCCCCUUCUAAAGAGCAAGUUUGAGAUACACCAUAGGUGUCAAUGAGAGACAGAGUACAAAGGGGUUAAUUCCCCAGAGCCAUUGAGGGUUUAUGCUGAUGUAAAUCUAUUAAUACUGAAACAGAAUCUCUGCAGUGAGGAUUCAGGUAGCGGAGAUGAUUCACUGUCAAAAAGUAGAAUUGUUGGAAUAAACCGGUUAUAACCAGAUGGUUACACCGAAGAGUGCUGGAGAAAUUUAAUAAUGAAGUAAAGCUGCUAACCAUUGAAAUCAGCUCCUGUAGCUGAGACCUGGGACAUAGCAAACACUGAAUCUAUCUCUAAGUGUUGAGGUGAUCCUGGGAGUUACAGGCUGGUGAGCCUUGUGACAGAUGAACACAGGCAUGUCUUUGAGACUUUAUAUUAUCUACAUGUUUAUGAGCCAGACCUUGGAAGCUGGAAAACUUGAAAGAUUUACACUGAGAUGGGCCUGGGGAGAUGGGCUUAUUCAUAGGCUGUUGUAUCAAUACGUGUUAUAUUUGUGGGUAUUUGUGGGUUCCUGGCUCACUGGCUGGAUUUCCUGGGGAAUCUGGAGUCACUAGGGGUGAAUAAAGCAAAAUCCCAAGACUGGUUGUGCAGGUGUCCAGACACUGAAGCUUCUCUCACUGGGGAAAGGGUCAGUGGCUGGUUUUACCUGUUUCAGGAGGCCUGGGAAACAAAAGCCCUAAAAUCAUGUACGAGUGUGAGCCUGAACUGACAGAAGGGCUCAUUCAAUUCAAUAACCUGACAUGAACUUUGAGUGAGAGACUCGAGAGCAGGAGGGGGAUUUGCUCCACUCUUGU